AUGGGGGCCCCCCACCUGCGCCGGCUGGCCGCCACUCUGGCCUUCUGCACUAUUCUGCACGGCUGGGUCGUGCAGGGGCCAGUACCCUCUUUGGGGGACUCUCUGGGGCUCCAGCUCGCCGCGGAUCGCUCUACGGGGGCCCCCCAGGGGGCUCCCCUAGGGGCCCCGCCGGGGGAUCCCCAGGACAUGCCCCAGGGGGCCCCUCAGGGGGCCCCCAAGGAGGCCCCCCAGGGGCCUCCUCAAGAGGAUCCUCACGGGGGCCCCCAGAGGGCCCCCAAGGAGGCCCCCCAAGAGGCUCCCCAGGGGGCCCCCCAGGGGGCCCCGCAGGAGGCCUCCGAGGGGGCCCCCCAGGAGGGGCCCCAGGGGGGCCCCCAGGGGGGCCCCCAGGGGGCCCCCGAGGAGGGCCCUGUGGUGAAACGGAAACACAAGAUCUCUCGGAGGUCAGGAUCCUACACGCUUAGCAGCAGCAGCAGCAGCAGCAGCAGCAGCAGCAGCAGCAGCAGCAGCAGCAGCAGCAGCAAGCGGAAGGGUAGGAGGUUGAUUUUUUCGCGGGCCCGCGGCCUGAAAAUAAGCAAAAGGGAGCAAAAGAAAAGCAGCAAAGAGUCUGCUGCAGCAGCAAGAACUGAAGCAGCAGAAGCAACCGAGAAAGAAAAACCAAAAAGAAAAAGAAGACUUGCUUCCAGCAGAAGACGCCUUUCUGGAGGAAGAAUUAAAAAAAGAGAAGCAGCUGCAGCACAAGACAGUGAAGACAGCGAGGCGCCUGCAGCAGCAGCAGCAGGAGCAGCAGCAGCAGCAGCAGCAGCCGAAAGAGAGGCAGCAGCAGCAGGAGCAGCAGCAGAAGGAGCAGCGGCAGCGGAAGGACAGGCAGCAGCAGGAGGAGCCGCAGCAGCAGAAGAGGGAGCGAGAGCAGAAGGAGGAGCAGCAGCAGCAGAAGGCGCAGCAGCAGCGGCAGAAGGAGCAGCAGCAGCAGCACCCGAUGAGGCAGCAGCUAAGCAGCAAGGAGCAGCAGCAGCAAAAAGAAGAAAAAGCCUCAAAAGCAUCUUAAAGAAGCCAAAAAGAAGAAGCUCUAGGGGCCGCAAUUCUGUGGAUCUGAGCUCCAGCAGCAGCGACGAAGCCGCUGCUGCUGCCCCCGCUGCAGCAGCAGCAGCAGCAGCAGCAGCAGCAGCAGCGGGAGAGGAGAAAGGCAGCAAAAGAAAAGGCCGCAGCCUCUUCAAAAGAAAAAACAAAAAUAAAAAAGACUCCGACAAAUCCCCAGCCCCCCGCAGGGGCCGCGGGAAGCUGGCGGCCUCCAGGGGCCCCCGGGGGGCCCCCACUGCAGCAAACGGGGAAAAGGGGAAGUGGCCUUCUUUGCUGCAGCAGCCGAAGCUGCUGUCGGAGGCGCAGCUAAACCCUGAAAGGGACUUCCCGCUGCUGCUGCUGCUGCAGCCCCACAAAGGGGGGCCCCCCUUGGGGGCCCUCCCCACGGGCUGCAUGCCCACGCAGGUGACCCGGGGCUUCGAGGCUUACAUGCAGCUGCUGCCAGCCUUUGGGGCUGGCUGCAGGCUGCGCAUGCAGCAGCAGCAGCAGCAGCAGCAGCAGCAGCAGCAGCAGCUGGGGGGGGAGCACGGGCGGGGGGAGCAGCAGGAGCAGCAGCAGCAGCAGGAACCCCACCGGCAGCAGGUAGACUUGCAGCAUCACCAUCGAGGGGAGCAGCAGCAGGAACAGCAGCAGCAAGACCAACAGCAGCAGGAGCAGCAGCAGCAGCACGAGGAAGACCAGCAGCAAGAGCAGACGCAGCAGCAACAAGAUCAGCAACAGCAGCCGCACCACCACCACCACGAGCAGCAGCAGCACCAUGAGCAGCAGCACCAAGAGCAGCAGCACCAAGGGCAGCAGCAUCAAGAGCAGCAGCACCAAGAGCAGCAGCACCACAAUCAGCAGCAACAGCAGCAGGAACACCAGCAGCAACAGGAUCGCGACGAGCACCAGCCGGAACAGCACGAGCAGCAGCAGCAGCAGCAGCAACAGGGGCAGCAGCACCACAAGGAGCCCCAGCAGCAGCAGCAGCAACGCUCUCACCGCCAACAGCAGCAGCACCACCACAGCGAGCAGCAGCACCAUCGACAGCAGCAGCACCACCACCAAGAGCAGCAGCAGCAUCAGCAGCAGCAGCAGCACCACCAUCAGCAGCAUCACCAACAGCAGCAGCACAGCCACCACCAAAAGCAGCAGCAGCACAGCCACCACCAUGAGCAGCAGCAGCAGCAGCAAGAAGAGACCGCUCUCUGA